CUCGACCCCUGCGCGACGCCGACCUAGAAUCCCAGCAUCUUCUUCGACGUAGACAACCCUUCGGGGCCAGGAGGCACCUGGCCGGCACCCGCACGCGAUGUUCUUCGCGGAUGCGGGCCUCUCACCGGGCCUCGGAGCUAACGGGGCCGCCCCCGCGAGAGGCUUGCCGCAAACCUAACCCCCCCCGAAGCUUCACGAAUCUUCGCGAAACACCAAAGGGGAUCGCGACGAAAAAGCGUCGUCGCAGAAUCACGACGGCGAACAACUAGUCUGGUUUUGCACGCUCUCUAGAUCAUGCAGGCGUGCACCUUUGAAUCCCAACGAAACUCGAUGUGUACAAAGCGCCACUCCGCAUGCGUCAAAAAGUUAUGUGCGCUGGCAGUCGGGAGCCGGAUGGGCCCAGGGGAGAACAGGAUACGUUGAGGCAGUGGAUGAAGGGGGAGGUGGCGGAGAUGGAGGAGGAGGAGGUGGAGAACGUUGUGCCCACGCAGCUGGCACCUCUGGCCCAGGCCCGCCCAAGGGGGUGCGGGUUGGCGGCGAGCCGCCCGGGGCGGAGAACCUCGGGCACGGCGGAGCGCUGUGCAAGUGCCCCCCCCCAUCCGCCCUGUAGGCGCGCCGGAGGGGCAGCGGCCGCGGAGGAGCCCAGUGCCGCUCCGCUUCUCGAGGUCCCUGCGCGGCCCGUGGGCUCGACCACGAGGAAGGAGGAGGGAGGAAGAGGAGGAGGAGGGAGCAGGAGGAGGAGGAGGAGAAGGAGGAGCGAGGAAGGGAGGAGGAUACUUCCUCAUCGUGAAGGCGGCGAUGACUGCCCUAACACGCGGGCGCUGCUUGGGACCAAAGAAGGAACUGUCCCGCAGCAUGCACAGGAAGAUCGCCUGGCAAAAGACGUGUGCGAUCCAAAGAGGAGAACUGAAGAGUGAAAAACCCAACAGGGGAGAGCAGAUCGAGCCUGCGUACGCCACCCCAGACGCCGCUGGAGGUGACAGCAAAGUGCCUCACGCAAACACACGAAGAAAAACAAGUUGCAACGAAACUAAUAAUGAGAAAGAGAACAUGAUGAAGGGCGGUCGGGGUAGUGCGAGGAGGAGACGCAAAAACCCUAAGCACGCAUGAAGCUAUGCUUCAGGAGAUCUUGCGCCUAAGGGCGCAUUGAUUGACACACCUGCGCACAGACUAAGCACAUUUGACGGCGGCGACAAGCGACAGAAUCACCAGUGUCGACCACGUCAUUGCUGCAGAGGAACACAAAAAGGCAUAAACCUACUCUCUUCUGAGGGCCGCGCAAAUUCCUUGGAUCGGCGCUGCAUCCCCCUCCCUGGCACGACGCGCGCCAGGGGCGGCGCAGGAGGCGCCGCCAAGAGGGCCCAGUGCCGAUCCAAGAAAUCCGCGCAGACUGCGGGAGAUUGUGUUGGUGCACCUUUUUGCUCUCCCAGCUAAGCCAAAGUGUCGACCACGC